AUGACGUCCAACAGCUCUUCAGCCCAGCCCUCUCCGUCGCGGGGAGGCUCAGCAGGCGAGCCAGGGCCCUCGGCGCCGGCUCCCGAUCGCCAGACGCACUCGACGCACAUCUUCGAGGUGCCAUACCGCAAGGCUGCCGAAGCAGACCGCCCAAAACAAACAUCUAGACCUUCCUCCCCGCCUACACCCUCACAACAACAACCAGCCUCUUCGUCGUCACCCAGCAGCAACAACAAACCACCGCCCAAGAUCACGCCCAUACCGAGAAUCGUCCCCACGGGGUCCCUACGAUAUGACCCGCCGGGAAGCGAAGACCCGCCGCCGCCCAAGUCACGACAUGAGACCCUCGCGCAGGGCCUCGAGGGCAGGUACGUCGACGAGUUCGGCAACGUCCUAGACUGGGACGGCACAGUCCUCGGCCGCGUCGAGGGCGAUCUCCCGUCCAUGGUCGGCCGUCCCGUGUCUCAGAACGGCGAGAUUCUGGACACGGACGGCGACGUCGUGGGCUACGUCUCGGACAACUACAUCCUGCCGGAGCGCCAGGAGCUCGGCAACGGACUACAGGUGGACGGGGAGGGCAACAUCUACAACCAGGACGGCGCGGUAAUCGGGAAGCUCAACGAGCCGCCCAACAAGGACGCCAAGAGCUCAUGGCCGGCCAAGCAGAGGGCUGAGCCUCCCCCGCCGCCGCCCAAGCCGGCGUCUGCUCCCAACCCGUCGGAGAUAUAUCUAGAUGUCAAGUCGACGUUUGACGGCAUCCAGAUCAUUAUGAAGAUACCCACCAUAUUUAACAGGGAGCACGACUGUGCAGAGCAUGACCAUCAGAAGACGGAGGAGGAGAGGGUGAAGUAUGAGGAUCGCCCGAGGGAAAAUGGCGAUAACAGCCAUCACCAUAAUCCAAUGUCCAUCCCUGGGGGAUGGAAAAAAGACACGCCAAGAGAGACACCUAGAGACACCCCGGCCCAAGAGAGGUCCGAUCCAACCGAAGCCAUCCCACGAUCCGCUACGGGCCUUGUGAGCGAGUCCGGGCUAAUAAUCGAUCAUGAGGGAAGGACGAUUGGCAAGCUUGCCGAGUCCGAGGACGCCCGAUCAUUGGUCGGCAACACAGUCACAGCUGCCGGAGAUGUCGUUGACGACGCUGGCGAAACCGUCGGACGCGCAUCUCUCGAAGAUGACAAGGAGAAGGAAUACACUACUGGAAAACAAGAGGCCACGGAAAGCCCCAAGGUCCAGGAAGAGGACGCAAAGUCUACCGGCGGCUUCUUCAGUUCGGCUUCCAGCCUCGUCAAGCAAGGCCUCGGAUCAUUCAGCCGUAGCAAGAAAAACCUGAGCGACGCCGGACAAGAGGCAGCUCCUGAUGCUCCAGAGGUCGAAAAGGCCGAAACUGAAACGCAAGCAAACAGGUCAGAGGCCAAUCUAUCGGAGGCCGGUCAGCCAAAUCUGGUCUCAAGAUCCAAGGCUGAUCUAGAUGAUGUGCCGCCUAAACCUGAAGAUGACUCCUUCACCGAAGCUGGCGAUCCCAACCUCAAAUAUCCUCCUCCAGAGAGUGCCCUCGCACCCUCGGAGGCUCCUGAAGAUGAGUCCCGCACUGAAGCUGGUGAAUCGCUCAAGAGCGGCCAAUCCGGGGUCCCUGAUGUCCCUGCUUCACAGGGUGCCAGAGCUCCUUCCGAAGCUCCUGAAGAUGUUCGUACCGAGGCUGGAGAGUCUCUCAAGAGCGCCAAGUCUGGAGCUUCUAAGGUUCCUCCUUCACAGAGCGCCGGCGCUCCCUCCGAAGCACCUGCAGAUGAUCUGCGCACCGAAGCUGGCGAAUCUCUAAAGGGUGGCCAGUCUGAAGUCCCAGACGUCCCUGCCUCACAGGCUGGUGACGCUCCUUCAGAAGCCCCUGAAGAGGACGUGCGCACCGAGGCUGGUGAGUCCCUCAAGAGCGCGAAGUCCGGAGCCUCUAAGGUUCUUCCCUCUCAAGGCGAGGGCGCGCCAUCAGAAGCACCCGCAGAUGAUUUACGCACCGAAGCCGGCGAGUCUCUAAAGAGCGUCAAAUCGGGAGCUCCCGACGUCACUCCCUCGCAGGCCGGUGACGCUCCAUCCGAAGCACCCGCAGAUGAUCUGCGCACCGAGGCUGGCGAAUCUCUAAAGAGCGGCCAGCCUGGAGCUCCCGACAUCACUCCCUCGCAGGUUGGCGACGCUCCUUCAGAAGUCCCAGAAGAGGAUGCGCGCACCGAGGCUGGCGAAUCUUUCAAGAGUGCCAAGUCUGGAGUCUCCCAAAUUGCUCCUUCGCAAGGCGCUGAUGCUCCUUCAGAGGUACCUGAGGGCUCCCAACUAGAACUGGGUGACAAGAGCCAGCGUGAUGCCCAAUCUGAAGUCCCAAACCUCCCCUCAGAGGCUGGCGACGCUCCCUCGCAAGUCCCAGACGAGCUUCGCACUGAAGCCGGCGAGUCUCGAAUUGAAGGAUCGCAGGACGGUCCCGUCGCUCUUGAAGAUCACGAGCAAGAGGAUGAUCAGAAGACCCUGGGCGGCAAGACUGAUGCAAGCGCCGACAAGAGUCAGGUAGCUGGCACUGACGUCCCCGAGACCAUCGGUGAGGAGCAAGCUCUGGGAGAAGAAUCCCAAGCAGGCGAGUCAAAGGAGGGAGAGGAGGGAGAGGAGGCUGAGAAACUUGACUACACCAUCCUCAAGGGCGCCAAGGUGAACAAGGUUGGCAAUCUCGUCAAUGACAAGGGCGAGAUGGUCGGUCGCGUUAUCGAAGGCAAUGUCAAGCAACUUCUUGGAAAGAGGGCAGAUGAAGAGGGCAACAUCUGGAACGACUCCGGCAAGAUUGUCGGAAAGGGCGAGCCCAUUUCUCAGGCUGAGCGCGAUGACCACAAGGACUUUGCUCCCUUUGAAAACUUCCCUGAUGCUAUCGUUGAAUCUGACGGCCGUGUCACCUCCAAGGGUGAGCAGGUCGGUAUCGUCGUCGAAGGCGACCCCAAGCGUCUUAAGGGCAGCAAGGUCGAUGAGGACGGCGAUAUUCUUGACCGAAACGGAAAUGUUGUCGGCAAGGCUGAGCCAAAGGAGAAAGACGUCCCAGUAGAGGAAGAGCCAGAAAAAACUGACACCAGCUCUCUCAAGAACGCCAAAGUCAACAAGGUUGGCAAUCUGGUUGAUUCCAGAGGUGAAGUCGUCGGCAAGGUUGUCGAGGGCAACAUCAAGCAGCUCCAAGGCAGGACUUGCGAUGAGAACGGCGACAUUUGGGACAGCAGCGGCAAGAUUAUUGGCAAGGGCGAGCCUCUGACUACGGGCGACCGUGAUGAGCAGAAGGACUUUGCACCAUUCGAGAACUUCCCCAAUGCCAUCGUGGAGGCUGACGGUCGUGUGACCUCUGAUGGCGUCCAAGUUGGUGUCGUAGUUCAAGGCGAUCCCAAACGCCUCAAGGGAAGCAAGGUCGACGAGGAUGGAGACAUCCUUGACCGAAACGGCAAUGUCGUUGGCAAGGCUGAGUCCUGGGAUGAACCAGAGGCUGAAGCUGAGAAAGUAGUUGACCGCUCUUGCCUCGCUGGAAAGCGUGUCAACAAGAGAGGCAACGUCGUUGACUCGUCUGGCGUCAUCUAUGGCCGUGUCAUUGAAGGAAAUGUUGCCAACCUUGUCGGCCGCAUGUGCGACAAGGAAGGUAAUGUGCGCAGCGAGUCUGGUGACAUUAUCGGCAAGGCUGAGAUUGUUUCUGAGGGUGAGCGCGAAGGGUCCAAGGAUGGCCCCUUUGCAGAGCUCUCGGGUCUUACCGUCAGCAAAGACGGCAAGGUCGUGACCGCAGCUGGUGAUGUGGUAGGCAGACUCAUCUCAGGAGACCCCAAGGUUCUCGCUGGUCGAUCAGUUGAUGAGGACGGCGAUGUUGUGGACAGAAACGGCAACGUCCUUGGCAAGGCUGAACGAUGGGAGGAGCCUGAGGUUGAGAAGAAGAAGGAUCCUCUCGCUGGCCGACGGGUGAACCGAGAAGGUAACGUUGUCGACGACGAUGGCAACAUCAUUGGCAAGCUUGUCAGUGGCGAUCUUCAAAUCUGCUCAGGCAAGGAGGUUGACGACGAUGGCGAUGUUGUCAACGCCAAGGGCCACACCAUUGGCCAUGUAUCUCUUCUUGAGAACAUUCCUCCUGAGCCUGAGCCGGAGCAUGUGGAGACUGAAGAGGAGAGAAAGGCUCGUGAGGAAGAAGCUAAGCAGAAGGAAGAAGAGGCCAAGCAAAAGGCCGAAGAUGAGAAGGACAGAAAGCUUGCUGGGCAGCUCGGCGGAUGCAUUGAGCAGUCCUUGGACAAGAUCCGACCUUUGUGCAAGUUGAUCACAGACAAGAUUGACAGCGCAGAGCGUACUCCCAAGGAGGACCUUGACGAAGAGGCUCUUGUCCGGGAGGUCAAGCCUCUGAUUGAGGAAGGCGGCAAGAUCCUGAGUGAGACUAACGGCAUGAUUCGUGGUCUUGAUCCUGACGGCCGCAUUCAGCGUCAGGCCAAGCAGAGAUCGGGAACUAGAGAUGCUACCCCAGAGGAGCAUCAUCUGGCAGAGCAACUGAAAGAGCUCACCGGCACCGUCACCCAGACCAUCGACAAUGCCAAGCGCAAGAUUGAGGGUAUGCCCCAUGCCAAGAAGGAGCUCAACCCCCUUUGGGGACUCUUGAUGGAGCCUCUGGGACAGAUUCUCGCCGCCGUUGGCUUGCUUCUCAACGGUGUUCUCGGCCUCGUUGGCAGACUGCUGAGCGGUCUUGGCCUUGCUCCAUUGGUUGAUAACAUUCUGGGCGGCCUUGGACUGAACAAAAUCUUGGGCAGUCUCGGACUCGGAAGUGCGUAUGACGCGCUGCUCGGAAAGGACAAGAAGAAGGAUGGUGGUAAGAAGAAGGGAAUUCUCUUUUAA